AUGUUUAAUAUCCACAAUUUAACGUUAGCGCUGGAGAACGACGGCCCCAUUGGGAAUGUGAGCAACUCUACAUAUGGAAGAUAUGGAGAACUAUCCAACCGGUCUGCCAAAAUCUGCAUUAUAUCUGUGCUCGGGACAUUGAUCAUUCUGGGUAACCUGGCCGUCAUCUUAGUGAUCGCUUCCUCGGUAGCUGGCUGGUCUAAAAAUACCCGGUACUUUUUGAUUUCCCUUACUGGGGCGGAUGCAGCCUUGGCGCUCAUCGUGAUGCCAUUAAACCUCUACGGAAGCCUGGUUCGGGAAUACAAAGACGAGCCCGACUCGUACUGCCACGUGGUGGCAUUUUUCAAUUCUUCGAUUUUCGCCUCUUGUAUCUACUCGCUGGCCACCAUAAGCCUGGAGAGAUACAUCUCUGUGUUCUACCCUCUGAAGUACCCCACCGUGUUGACGAAAAACAGAAUCCGGGCUCUGAUCGCGGUAGCUUGGUUCUUUCCACCUGUGCUGCUGUUGCCGAUUUCUAUCCCUGGUGGCAUCGUGAAAGUGUACUUCUCCAGCGCCUCCUUAGUUUGCAACCCAGAUUACUCAAGUAAUGUCGCUUAUUCCCUCACUCUGACAGCCCUCAUUUUUUUCCCCUGCUCAAUCAUCAUGACGUUUGCCAAUUUCCGUCUGUGGUUUACAGCCAGGAGACAAAGAAAUAAGUUUAAAAAUCACGAUCUGGGGGUCCGCAGCAGCCCGGACUCCGCCUCAAAGGUCCUUGUGCCCGUUAUGAUUGUGUUCUACACGUGCUGGACACCCUGUAUGAUCACCAUCAUCUACACAGCAAUUUCACGGCACAGAGUUCCGGAGUGGGUAGAAUUUGUGGCAGUGUGGCUGCCCAGUGCCAACGGCUUUCUCAACUGCAUAGUCUACUUUUGGCUGAACCGCAGCUUCCGUAGGAAGUUCCAGCUGCUGGGGCGGAGGCUGUGUCUGCCAGUGUGCCCUGAGAUGGGCGUGGGGAUUGGGGGCCCAGGUGCCAUCAAUGUGGUGAGUCAAGCAUGGGAGAACAACAAUUCCGUUCCAGAGCGUUCUUGCAGCAUGUCAUCCAGCUGCACCCUGCUGCCUCAUCAUUCCAUGGAGAGCUACCUAUAA